GCGAAGUUAUCUGAUUGAAAAUCAGGGAGGGGGGAGAAAAGGGCCGAGCGGCGAGUGCGCUGAUGCCUCUUACUCUGCUUUGCUUCUCCAACUUUUAGGAAACGGAUUUCUUUCUCUCUCACACUUUUUUUUUUCUUUUUCUUCUUGCGACGCAUUUCGGGUCCGACGGACUUCAGUGGGAAUAAAGUUUAUUAGAAUAGUUUUCAUUCAGGAGAGGACGCUGUCCAGUUAACGAAUAACCAUGCCGCGGUCGUUUCUGGUGAAAAACAAAAGGUGCGCCUCAUAUAAUAUCCAUCGCACUUAUGUAGAGGAGCCGAGGGCCUCUGAAGACGCUGAAGUCCCAUCCCAGCUUCAGAGCACAGACUCAUCGGUGGGGCCUCUAUCUGAGGGGCCGACCCGCUCUGCAGACAGGUGCUCGCCUCGGCAGGACGGUUCAGAGUCUCAGUGUCCUUCACCUGUUCACCCAGAGCCAGCCAGCCCUCCAGUGGCUCCAUCACAGCCCUACUACCUAACAGAGCCCCACAUGGCUGAGUUUCCACCUUACUACAAGCCUGCAUACGCCUGGGAGCCGGUGUCCUCCUCCUACGAGCUUCGGCAGCUGAGCUUCAGCCCCACGGUGCUGCAGCACGCCAGCAGCCUGUACGGCGGCCACAUCAGCCGCAGUCCACCCCCGCAGCAGCCUCUGGACUGCAGCCGGCACUACUCCGCCACCUCCAACACCUACCACUGCAUCACCUGUGACAAAGUUUUCUCAACUCCUCAUGGACUGGAGGUUCAUGUCAGGAGGUCGCACAGCGGAAUGAGGCCUUUUGGCUGCAGCAUCUGCAGGAAAACCUUCGGGCAUGCCGUCAGCCUGGAGCAACACAUGAACGUCCACUCGCAGGAAAAAAGUUUUGAGUGCAAGAUGUGCGGCAAAUCCUUCAAGCGCUCCUCCACGCUCUCCACGCACCUGCUCAUCCACUCCGACACCAGACCCUAUCCCUGUCAGUACUGCGGGAAAAGGUUCCAUCAGAAGUCAGACAUGAAGAAGCACACAUACAUCCACACGGGUGAAAAGCCCCAUAAGUGCCAGGUUUGCGGCAAAGCGUUCAGCCAGAGCUCCAACCUGAUCACCCACAGCAGGAAGCACACGGGAUUCAAACCGUUUGGGUGCGAUAUUUGCUCAAAGGGCUUCCAGAGAAAGGUGGAUCUGCGCAGGCACCACGAGAGUCAGCAUGGCAUGAAGUGAAGUCGAGCCGUGUGCCCAAAUGUUUGUACAUAUUAGAUUUCUGUUAAAACAUUAUGCAGUCCCUGAGUAUCUGGUGUUUCUGGGAUGGUAGGACUCAUUCAGACAAACUGAAAUGUAAUAUAUAGGAAUACAUCUUUGAAACAUAUCCGUGUAAAUGGGGGAAAAAAAUGGGAAAACUCAGGUUUUAUUGUUUAUUUAUAUUCUGUAGGAAUGAUUCAGGUUGUUGGGGAUAAUAAAUGAUUUUGGUAAAAAUUGCCAUGUUGGAAAAUCCUUGCUUUUCUUUUUGAUACAGUA